AUGCCGGCGAAAGCCACGCAGGAACCCAAGUCAAAGGACUAUACAGCUACGGUGCGCGAGCUUGAUGCAACUAAAUCCGGCGCACAAGAUGACGCGAUGAGGCAAGCCGUGCUCGCCGUCGUGCAGAUCUGGCUCAACCGCCUUGCACUCGUCAGCGGCAUAACAACCUUCUUUGCUUCCAUCGACUCCCUUCUUUUCUCCCUUGCUUCCACUGCCACCCACAUCGGUGACCCGGAUACGAGUGGCUGGAACGCCAUAGACAAGCUCACGACCGCCAGUUUCGCGGGCGCUCUCAUUUUCCAUGUCUGCUCAGCCAUCGUCGCGUUCGCGGGAUCCUUUGUGCUCGUGCGUCUCCAGCUGGUGGACGCGGAUCAGCAGGAGCACGAGGCGGGCAUCCCGGCGAUAUACGCAGAGCCGAUGCGUGAGGUCUCGGACAUGCGCGAGAAUUCGCUGUCACUCGACAACACCUUGCGCCCCAGCGAUACCUUCAACGCGGCGCACGCGGGCCAGCCGCAGUGGAGGGCGGCGUACAACGGGAUCUACAGUCGGGUUGUAAUCCGACGCCUGGUUGCCAAGCGUCCCAAGGGCCCCGUAGACAGCCUCCUCGACCCCGGCCCGCCCGUCGAGCUUCUCUCCCGCUGCAACGCGCUCGCCGUCGUCAUGGCCGUGCUGGGCUUCAUCCUCGCAGUGCUGGGCAUCCUCGCGUACGCGUGGACCGCGACGCCUCUGAGCGUGAGCAUCUUCUCGUCGGCGUGCCUCGGUGGAUGUAUCAUCGCGACGUGCAUUGCUAUCUGGUAG